AGGGGCAUUUUCCCUUUGUUUUCUUCUGCAAUUAGUUUGUAGUUAUAGUAAAUAUCUAUUCUUUCUAGUUUCUUUCCAAUUCAACUUUCCUUCUUUUAGACUUCUUUUAGAAACAAUGGCUAAGUUUAAUUCCUUUCUAACAAUUCUCCUUUAAUGGGUUCCUUUUGGUUUCUGUGAAGAAUUCGAGGCUGUAUCAAAGUUUUCUGCUUUUUAUAUCUGAUCCUCUGUCUCUCGUUCUUCUCUGUUUUCCAAGAUUACUACAAUGCCGCCUUUAUACUUCCCUUUACGGUGGGAGAGUACCGGAGAGCAGUGGUGGUACGCCUCCCCAAUUGACUGGGCGGCGGCAAAUGGGCUCUAUGAUCUGGUUAUUGAGCUUCUCCAUCUCGAUACCAACCACCUAAUCAAACUCACUUCCCUUCGGAGAAUCCGCCGCCUGGAAACAGUUUGGGACGACGAGGCUCAGUUUCAUGGUGUCGCUAAAUGCCGCUCCUAUGUUGCGAGAAGGCUCCUUCAUGAAUGCGAGAUGAAGAAAGGGAACAAUUCUUUGCUCAGGGCUGGUUAUGGUGGCUGGCUCUUGUACACUGCUGCCUCAGCCGGCGAUGUGGCGUUUGUUAAGGAACUGCUGGAGAGAGACCCUCUUCUUGUGUUUGGAGAAGGAGAGUUUGGCGUCACUGAUAUGGUCUACGCAGCGGCGAGGAGCAAGAAUUCUGAGGUUUUCAGGCUGUUGCUUGAUUUUUCUUUCUCCUCGCGGUGCUGCCUUGGUGAAGCCGAGGAACAGGAAUUGAGUGAAGGUAAAUCAGUGUUUAAGGCGGAGAUGAUGAAUAGGGCUGUUCAUGCCGCGGCUAGAGGUGGGAAUUUGCAGAUUUUGAAGGAACUUCUCGAGGAUUGCCAUGAUGUUCUGGUUUACAGAGAUGAACAGGGAUCUACAAUUCUGCAUACAGCGUCUGGGAGAGGGCAGGUUGAGGUAGCGAAGGACCUUGUAUCAUCCUUUGACAUCAUCACGUCUACAGACAAUCAGGGGAACACAGCGUUACAUGUGGCUGCAUACAGAGGUCACUUGGCUGUUCUGGAGGUUCUGGUUCUGGCAUCUCCCUCUGUAGCCUCUGUGACAAACAACCAUGGGGAUACCUUCCUUCAUAUGGCAGUAGAUGGUUUUCGAGCACCAGGCUUCCGACAAGUAGACAGGCAGAUUGAACUCAUGAAACAGUUGGUAUCAGGCAAGGUUAUGGACAUCCGAGAGAUUGUCAAUGUAAGGAAUAUGGAUGGAAGAACUGCUCUUCAUGUGGCUGUCAUUGAGAAUAUUCAAUCUAGUGUGGUUGAACUUCUUAUGUCUGUGCCUUCAAUUGAUCUAAAUGUCCCUGCUGCUAAUGGAAUGACACCUCUAGAUUUCCUCAAGCAACGCCCAAGAUCUGCUUCCUCAGAGGUUUUGAUCAAGGAAUUGAUAGCAGCAGGAGGGAUCUCCAAUUACCAAGAUUACAUGGCUAGGAGUGUCAUUGCUUCCCAUCUGAAAGGACAGGCAAUAUGUGCAAGUCCUGGAACUUCGUUCAGAAUUCCUGAUGCAGAGAUAUUCCUGUAUACAGGCACGGAGAAUGCAUCCAGUGCCAGUUAUGAUCAAGAAAUUGCAGAAGACUACAGUAGAUGCUUGAGUGAAGUUAGUGACCUUAAUUUGAGCAAUUCCAUGGAAAAAAAGAAGACAGAUUCUGCAAGUUACGCUGCUAGACGCCUGAAGUUUCUUCUCCAGUGGCCUGUAAAGAAAGGGGUCAAAGCUAGAAGUACAGAACUAGAACUGGUAGAAGAUGAACCUCUGGAAGUGAGCAGCAGAGGUAGAAGUUGGGCAGACAGACACAUCCCAUUACGCCAGAAGUACUCAAACAGUUCUUCUUCCCUUCUGAACGACGGAAGAACAUAUGCUUUCAACCCUGAUCUCCCAAGUCCUACCGCCAGAAAGAAAUUUACUGCAGGCCUAAUGCAAGGUGUGAUUCAACCGAGGCCUUUUCAGUCCCCUCCAAGUCCUUCCUCAGGAUCCUUUAUGUCCUCACCUGUUUCAGUGAAUCAACUAAAGGCUCUCCAGGAUCAAUUAUCUAACGACAAAAAAAUUAAUGGGAGUCAGAGGCACGGUUCUUUCAACAAGAAGUUAAUGAACCAGUAUUUCUGUUUUGGUACAGAAGGCCUGGCUGUUGUAGAUCCUGUGAAAUUUACACGUUCAGAUCGCAGUUACCAGCGUGUGAGUUCUUCAGUUUCCUAGUUUUACUUAAAAGUAGUAUUGAAGUUUUGGGUACAAGAUAAUGUUUGUGUACAAUGUACAAAAUAUAUCCUUAAGUAAUGA